GGGCCUGGCGGAGGGGGUAUGAAGCUGCUGCGGGGGCCGCUGGGGGCUGCCCUGGGCCUUGCGUUGCUGCUGAGCCCGGUGCAGACGGUGGAGCCCAUCAGCCUCGGGCUGGCGCUGGCGGGCGCCGCCUCAGCGCUCACUGGCCUCAUCUCCUACCCCCGCCUCUACUGCUACUUCAGGGAGUGCUGCCUCCAGCGGGAGGGGGCCCGGGCGGGAGCAGCACUGCAGGAGGAUUUGGACAAGAAACUAUUUGGCCAGCACCUCGUGAAGAAGGUGAUUGUGAAAGCUGUGAGUGGCUUCUUGAACAAUACAAACCCCAAAAAGCCUCUCACCCUCUCCUUGCAUGGAUGGACUGGUACUGGCAAAAACUUUGUCAGUAAAAUAAUUGCAGAGAGUAUCUAUGAAGGAGGCCUGAACAGCAAUUAUGUCCAUCAGUUUGUGUCCACUUUGCAUUUUCCCCAUGCACAUAGUGUUGGCCAGUACAAGGACCAGUUGCAGUCAUGGAUUCGGGGAAAUGUGAGCGCUUGUGGCAGGUCAAUCUUUAUAUUUGAUGAAAUGGAUAAAAUGCAUGCAGGACUCAUUGAUUCCAUCAAACCGUUCUUGGACUACUACGAGCAGCUUGAUGGAGUGUCCUAUCGACGAGCCAUCUUCAUCUUUCUCAGCAAUGCGGGGGCUGAAAAGAUAACAGAGGUGGCAUUAGAUUUCUGGAAAAGUGGAAAGAGAAGGGAAGACAUGGAACUCAAAGACCUGGAAGCUGGAGUUUCUCUGUCUGUCUUCAACAACAAGAACAGCGGCUUUUGGCACAGCAGCCUGAUCGACAGAAACCUCAUUGAUUAUUUUGUCCCCUUUCUGCCUCUGGAGUACAAACACGUGAAAAUGUGUGUCAGGGUUGAACUUGAAUCACGUGGCUACGUGGUGGAUGAAGAAAUCAUAACCAAAGUAGCUGACGAGUUGACCUACUUCCCCAAGGAGGAGAAAAUCUACUCUGAUAAAGGAUGCAAAACUGUGUUCACCAAGCUGGAUUUUUACUAUGACUUAUAAUUUACGAUGCUGUGAUCUGCAAAGGAAAAAAUGAACCUAAUCACAAAGUGGAGAAUCCGAAACAUUUCAUUGGUCAAGCACGUUUUUAAAAAAAAAAAGAACAUUGUAUUGUAAUUGCCUGAUGUAAAUAAGUGGAAUACACUUCUCUUUUUAUUCUGGG